AUGGAGAACACCAACACGCUCGAAGAGGAGUACGAAGGCCUAUCCAACCAGGUGGCAGAGACUCACAUAAGCAACUUCUCAAAGUAUGAUGAAGUCAAGGCCGCGGAGAACGACAAAGCGGGCCCGCUCUCUUUCGGACUCGAGUUUGAGUUCCUAGUCGCGUACGUCGACGGGGACGUAGACGACCCUUUCAUCGAAAUGGUUGACCCGAACCCGGAGGAUAAGCGCCCUCUGAUUGGGUGCAAGUCCUCUGGCAGCCCAUACGACGGUAACAUCAUACGAAAGGUCGCUUCUGCCUUGAGCAAGGUCGCCAGUGCGCCAGUUCGCCUGUGCGAGGAUGACACAUUCCACGAGCCCCACGACAAUGUCCCCGUCUAUGAUGCCUGGCGCGUCGGACACGAUUCAUCGAUUGUUCCCGGUUCGGAGAUUCUCAACAAAGGAUAUCGAUUCAUCGACUGUGAGGUAUCAUCCCCGGUGAUCAGCACGUACGACCCGACUCAGCGUAUGCAGAUCCAGGAUAUCGUGCGUGCCCUCCGCGGUCUACGUGUACAUCUCAAUGAGUCUACUUCAGUGCACGUCCAUAUUGGACGAUGUGAGGAAGCCUUCAGCCUCCUCACCGUGAAGAAGUUAUGUACCAUGUUGUGGUUCUUGGAAGAGCAGCUGCUGGAUCUGAAUCACCCGAGCCGCAAAAACAGCAAGUAUUGCUACAUGGUGACCAAGUACUCGGUGCUCGCCAGAAAGACCCUGGAGGACCUGCAAAACGAGGAGACCGGCGUGAACCAGAACCUGCGAGACCUGGAGGAAAUGGACGAGCAUGCCCCCGCUGCUAAGGCCCCGCUGGCGGACGUCACAGAACUUCAACGCGCGCAGCUGCGCCGCAUCUGGGGAUGCACGGACUUGGAGGAGCUCGCCCGCCUGAUGCUGGGCAACACCAACGCGAGAGAAACAGACCCCCGCGCCGUGAUCCAGCGCGGCUCGGUCGGCUUCAAGCGAUUCAUGCCCGCGGGCAAGAGCGGCGGAAACACGCAGACCUUCGAGUUCCGGCAGCAGAUCGGCUGCCUCGAUGCCGACCACAUUCUCCGCUGGGUGAACGUCUGCCAGGCGUUCACCGACUUCGCUAGACGCUCCGGUCCCCUCACUUUCCGCGACUUCCUGGUGAACGUGGUCAACCAGAAGCCGGGAGAGAAGUAUUCGGCGUUCGACAUGCUCAAGGAUCUGGGCAUCAGAACGACGUAUUGGAAGGCCCACGCCGCGGCGCUCCGACAGACCAAGGAGCUGUACCCGGGUGGUGAGACUGGAGGCCUGUUCGUCCCUCAGACGGCGUAG